AUGUCAAUAACGCUGGGACAGGUUAUAUGGUCGUCUGUAAAACCUAUCAUAAAAAUUUAUCUGAUCAUUGGAAGCGGUUAUGGUCUCACAAAGCUUAAUAUUCUAUCCGUAGAAGGGGUCAAAUGCAUUUCGAGUAUCGUUUUAACGUUGUUGCUGCCUUGCCUGUCGUUUAAUAAAAUCGUUACGAACAUUGAAGAUCAAGACAUCAAGCAAGUGGGCAUAGUGUGUCUGUCAUCGGUUCUGAUAUUUGGAACAGGCAUUUUUUUUGCAUUUGUGGUGCGUACCAUUUUACCGGUGCCCAAAAAAUGGCGGACUGGUAUCUUGGCCGCUGGAAUGUUCCCAAAUAUAUCUGAUUUGCCCGUCGCAUAUCUGCAGACAAUGGACCAAGGUCUUAUUUUUUCCCAAGAAGAGGGAAACAAGGGAGUUGCUAUUGUUUUCAUCUUCCUCGCUAUGUUUUUGAUUGUAUUAUUCAACCUGGGUGGGUUCCGGUUGAUAGAGAACGAUUUCCAAUACCUCGACGAAGAAAGCGCAGUUGGGGAUACCAAGGAUGAAGAGAGUCGUUGCUCAACACCAGAUGAACAACCUGUGAUUCUUGGUGAGACAUCGUACAGUGGAGGUGGGGCUCACAAAAAUAGCUCAAGCCCGAACUUAUUGACGCCUGACGAAUCACAAAGUCAAAGCAUUGACUCCAACUACCCUCAGCCUCUACACAGCGACUUUGAUUCUCAAACUACACAACGGAGACGUCGGUCAAUUGUUAGCUCAGUCCGCACUACGGAAUUGCACGAAUUGCCCUCACAUACUGCCUCGGAACUAGUAAGGGAGUAUUCUAAUGUUGACCAAAUGGGUCGCAGACGAAGUGCGUCACACCAUUCACAAUCAGGCUUCACCAGGCGAUCCUCGAUGCUCGAAAGAGUGCAGAGUUCUCAUUUGAUGCGGAUGGUGACGACAGAUGUGAAUGUCAAUGCUCAGGAUUUCAAAGAUUCGGGCAAAUCGCUUCCAAAGUGGCUUUACAAAUUGUCUCCUACCCGCUACAUUGUUUUUUUCUUGAAAAACUGUUUGAGACCUUGUUCCAUUGCCGUUAUUCUCGCCCUUGUGGUGGCAUUUGUCCCAUGGCUCAAGGCGCUUUUUGUCACCACUUCCCACACUCCUAAGCUCAAACAGGCUCCCGAUGCUCAACCGGCCCUGUCAUUUUUGAUGGACUUCACAUCUUAUGUCGGUGCAGCUUCGGUGCCUUUUGGUCUUCUUCUUUUGGGGGCCACGUUGGGACGUCUCAAAAUUGGGAAGCUACAUCCCGGAUUCUGGAAGAGUUCGUUGGUUCUUGUACUUUUGAGACUCUGCAUAAUGCCAAUUUUCGGCGUGCUGUGGUGCGAUCGACUUGUGAAGGCAGGAUGGGUCAAUUGGGACGACGACGGGAUGCUUCUGUUUGUUAUCGCAAUUUCUUGGGCCCUUCCUAGUAUGACAACGCAGGUGUACUUCACUGCAGCCUAUACACCCGCAGAAGCUGUAGAUACGGUGCAAAUGGAUUGCAUGUCCUUCUACCUGUUGAUACAAUAUCCACUUAUGAUCAUAACGCUCCCGUUUCUGGUAACCUAUUUCUUGAAAGUUCAACUGAAGGUUUAA